AUGGUCCUCCACAACCCAAAUAACUGGCACUGGGUUAACAAGGAUGUCUCUGGCUGGACGAAACAAUAUCUGCAAGACAAACUCAGUACCAUUUCUGCAGAGGAGAGUGGCGUGACGGCGAAGAUAGACUCCGUAUUGUCAAUGGACGGUGAUGUAGACGUCAGCCAGAGGAAAGGCAAGGUCAUCACGUUGUUUGAUGUCAAGGUGCGGCUAGAGUAUUCAGGUAAGACGAAGGAUGAGGAGUCCGUCAGCGGCUCAAUCACUAUUCCCGAGGUAGCCCACGACACCGAGGAAGAUGAGUACGUCUUUGAGAUCGAAAAUUACGCCGAUUCAUCUUCGAAGCAGCCCGUGAAGGACCUCGUUCGGUCAAAGAUUGUCCCUCAGCUUCGGCAGGAGUUGGCGAAGCUUGCACCCGCCCUCAUUGCUGAGCACGGAAAGGAUAUCCAACAUGCCCCUGGAACGAACCCGUCCAGUGGCUUCGCAACCCCGACUUAUCACCCCCAAGCUCCGAAGGAGGCCGCUCCUGCAAAGGCUACCACAACUACAUCAGGCAAGGUUUCCGUCAAUACUACAACGGUGACAGCGUCGGAUGAAUUCCGGACAACUGCGGAGGAGCUCUACAAGACCUUCACGGACCCGCAGCGCAUUGCAGCUUUUACCCGUGGUCCGCCUCGGCAGUUUGAGGGUGCACACGUUGGUGGGAAAUUCUCCAUUUUCGAUGGCAAUGUCAUUGGAGAAUACACAAAACUGGUGUCUCCCACUCUGAUCGUACAGAAAUGGCGCCUGGCACAGUGGCCAGGGGACCAUUACAGUACGCUCGAGAUUAAGUUCGACCAGAACGAUGUUGAUAGCGUCACCCAAAUGCGUGUGACCUGGACUGGAGUACCUAUUGGCCAGGAAGACGUCACCAGGCAGAACUGGGAUGUGUACUACGUUCGCAGCAUCAAGCAGACCUUUGGGUUUGGCACGAUUCUGUGA